UGGCGUUCCGUGAGAGCAGCGCUUGGGCGACAAACAACCACCAGCUUUUCCCAGAAGCACCCCAGUCUCUAUCCCCCGACGACUUCGACCAGACUUUCGAGGCGCACCGAGCCUGUCCCAUUCGCACAUGAUCGAGGGCUCAAGACAACUAGAAGCUGCGCAGCGCGCGUAAGAAUUACCCGUUUGCCCGUCACCUCAGCCAGCUCCUGCAGGCUACCAUUCGUCGGCUCUCACCUGGCGACUGCGAUCGAAUCACGCAAACCUCCCUGUUCGCCCACGUCCACCUCACGGACCAUUGCCUUUCACCGACCCGAUCCACAUAUUGAAAGCUGCGCUGCGAAAGACGAUAAAUAAAGCCUUGAUUACAGCCGACCUCUCUUCUUUGGUGAAGGUGCCGCCCUCAUCGCCAUGUCCUUUGGCUUUGGCAGCUUCGGCGGCGCCAGCGCCGCAUCAAACACCAAUGGCGCGUCCGCAGGGCCGGAGCUUGAGACGAUACAGACGGAAGGCCUCGGCUUCCUAGCGAUUGCCGGCUCGGCCAAGUUGCGUCUUGUCUCCCAAUGGUCACCCGCCCCUGCACCGACAGCCUCGCUUCUGUCGAUCGCCUCCCGGGCAGGCCUCGUCGCCGCCGCAAGCCCGGAUGCAGUCGUCAUCGCCUCGACCGAAGAUGUGCGGAAAGCCUUCGAGGCUCCUGCCGACGGCGACAGCGAUGUCCGACCCUUCCAACCUCAGCUCAGCCUCAAGUUGCCCACCCGGAUAUGUCAGCUUGCUUUCACUGCUGAUGAGAACUACCUGGUUCUCUCGGCCGAGCAGGGUGGAGGACUGGCAGCUUAUGAGGUACGCAGUCUCAAACAGGGCUCUACCCAGCCAUCCUUCCAGAUCCCGACAAACAACGAGGCCUUGCGAGCUCUUGUACCAAACCCACAGGCUGCAACAGGCGAGCUCUGUGCUGUAGUUACAAGUCAGGGGAAGCUCCUUGUCGCAAAUAUGAACGACAAGAAGUUUGCUCAAGGCAGCAACGGCCAGGUACUAAAGGAGCAAGUCAGCUGCGUUGCCUGGAGCACCAAGGGUAAACAGCUCGUCGCUGGGUUGGGCGAUGGCACAAUGGUCCAGAUGACCCCCUCGGGCGAUGUCAAGGCAGAGAUUCCAAGGCCUUCAGAGCUCGACUCGUCGAACUAUGUUUCGGCGGUCAGCUGGCUUGAGAACCAUGUCUUCCUUGCUUUCUACGUCUCCACAUCGGAACAACCGCCGACGGAAAGCUGUUACCUUAUUCUGCGACAGGGACAGAACUUCACCUUUCAGAAAUUUAACGACCCUAUCGCACCUUUUGGCAGCGAGAAAGCUCCACACCAGACCGUCACCAGGCUGCAAGACUUCCCUCCCAACUUGACCGACGUCUUGAUCUUGGGCUCUACCGCUACUGAGGAAACAGGUCUUAUCACCCGUGCCAAGAAGUCUCUAGCAUCAAAUGCGCCUGCUGAGAAGAUGGAUCAGAUAGUAGACGUCUUUACUACAACGGAGCUUGCGGACGAUUCUCGGCGAGCGACCUUGCCAAUGGGUGAUGGUAUGGACUCGCCAUCCCCGAUUGGUGUGGCACUCGAUCUAUCAAGCAAGCAUAAGGUCUUCAAGCCGAUUCCUGCUGACGAGAUUGAUGAGUCGCCUGGGCCGCUCCCCGGCUACUGGGUCCUGAACGACGAAGGUGUGCUUUCAAUCUGGUGGCUGGUCUACAAUGACUCCAUUCGUGAAGGCGCCAUGUACUCGGGUUUGGUGGCUGCAGAUAGCAACGGUAAUGCGACUUCAGUAACUGCGACGACUGCUCCUCAACAAGCCACGAGCGCUGCGCCUGCGUUUGGGACGUCCGGAUUUUCUGCUGCGAAGCCAGCAACACCGGCACAAGCUUCUGCUUUUGGGAGCCCGGCUGCUCUAGGGGCGAAGGCAUCACCCUGGGGUGCGCAGAACUCUAGCUCAUCUGGCACUACCGCUGGUGCUACGUUCGGAUCCAGCACUUUUGGCAGCGCAACAGCAUCCUCAGCACCGAAGUUCGGCGCACCAAGUUUCGGGACUGCUGGCGGCUUGGGCUUUGGCCAGGCAGGGAGCCUUGGAGGGAAGGUGUCGCCGUGGGCCACUGCAACAACGGCAUCGAAGACACCCGCGUUCGGUCAGUCCAGUUUCGGGGCCGCGCCUGGUGCGCCUGCUACUGCUACUAGUGCUAGCCCAUUCAGCUCUGCAGGCGGCAAUGCCUUCUCAAGCUUCGCCAGCAAAGGUGGCUUUUCUAGUAUCGCCAACAACGACUCAACGCCGAAGGCAAACCCCUUCGGCUCUGCCACGACUGACAAUGCAUCGUCGACAGCAGCGACGCAAGGAAGCAGUGCCGGCGGCUUUGGAGCCAAACCAGCGACAACCUUGGCAAACCCAUUUGGUUCACUCGGCUCAAAACCCGCCAACUCUGCGUCAAGCCCGAACCCGUUCGGAGCACCCUUCAAAUUGCAGUCUAGCUUUAAGCCCGAUCCUGCAGCGAAGGAUGAUGACAAGGAACCCGACGAUUCGUCAGAAACCAAGAAAAUUUCUAUGUUUGACUCAGGCUUCAAGUCUACACUUGGUGAGGCAAGUAAAACUCCGGCUGUGAAUCCCUUCGGAAAACCUCCAGCUGGACAAUCACCGUUUGGCCAGCUGCCGACGGUGGAAUCGACAACACCAACAUCGACGCCGGCUCCAUCAAAGUUCCUAUCCCCAGCGCCCACCCCGAGCGGUCUUUUUGGGCAGUCAACCCUUGGUAGUGGCAAUACGUACGGGAGUCUUUUUGGCUCUCAAACGCCAAAGGCGCCAGUUCCCGGUAUCACGGUCGAGGCUGAGACCCCAAAAGCUACGAACACUGCGCUGAACGCUCCUCUGCCUCCAGAGUCUACAAAAGCACCAGCCGCGGAGACAGCGCCGUUACCUCCCAGCUUUGGCAAUGUCCCCUCAAAAACUAGUCAGGCUCCUCCAUCUCUGGCAGACACGGCACCAUUGCCACCGGAUCCUGUCAAGAACGAGAAGUUGUACAAAGUGGAGAUCCCUCCACUGCCCAGCAGCUCGAGCAAGAAUAAUGCGCCCGACGAUGCUCCGCUCCCGCCAGACCCAGUGCGAAACGCGAAGGCUUAUAACGUUGUUAUUCCUCCUCUGCCAGACACCAAACCGGCACAGAAGCCAGUGAGCGAUGCGCCGUUGCCACCUGAUCCUGUCAAACAAGCUCAGGCCUACGACUACAAAUUUCCUCCUGUGCCUGGGACGAAAUCAUUUCAAGCAAGCACGAGCAUCUUGCCUCAGGCGCCCUCAACCCAGAAUUAUGUCUUCAAACUGGAUCCAAAUGCCCCGCCUGUGUCAGACAGCGAGGACAAUUUAUCCGAGGAAGAUGACGGCGAGGAUGAAGGUACUGCUCCGGCUAGCGAGGGAAGUGGUGUUGACGUCGCCAAAGAACUGAGCCCAGAGUCCCACGGCGCAAGCAAGACCCCUGGAUAUACUCCCACGAGCUCGUUCGAUGGCGGCCUGGGGGGAAGCUUCUCAAACAUCGCUCGGCCUCAAACCCUGUUUGGAGAGGUUGUGCCUCGUCUGCCAAAGCCGAACCCUGUCAGCCCAAGAUCUCCCAGUCCUGUGCGCAGUGCAGUACCACCGCGCAUCAUUGGCCACGACGGACACCGAUCUGUCAGCACACCAGCUAUGGCCUCGCAGAUUCUUGGCGGCGCGAGGCAGCACCAACAGUCCCGGCUUGGACAGUCCAUUGUUGGCAAGGCUGCGCCGAUGGAAGAUGCGAUCAUGGAGCAUCAACGAAAGGCAAAGGCGAAGAAGGAGGCCGACGAAAACCGGUUGCUUGUCGAUGAAGAGGAUGCAGCCAUUCAGCAACUGCUUGCGAGCGAGAUAGAGCCGACGCUUGAAGUCAGCGAGUUCAUCGCGCACGCGGGCGUGGCUCCUCCUGCUGCUGACAGCAUCCCAGCCCAAGUGGAAGCCGUCUACCGUGACAUCAACUCUAUGAUUGACACUCUUGGCCUGAAUGCCCGAUCUCUAUCUGGGUUUAUCCAGGGUCAAUUGGACUUUGGAGCCGAAGACCGCACAAAGGACGAUUUGAGUGGCCCUGAAACAUGGACUUUGGAUGAGAUCCCAGGUCUCGACUAUAUAAUAGAGUCGGAUCUUGGUGACGCUCUCGAGCACGCCCGCGUCAAGGAUGUGGAGAACAAACUUGUCCGGGUUGCAGAGCUAAAGAGAGAGCUUGUGCGCGAUUUCAACAAACAGGCCGACCUGAAGAAAGCCAUCGCGGCACGCAUCGACCCUGACCAGACGGUUGCCAACCGCGCGCUGCCACUGAGCUCCGAGCAAGCGGCCCAGCAGAACGACCUUCGCAGAGAAUACGCAAGGUUUACACGCGUCCUAGCUGAAGCGGAGGAAGGACUCACGCUACUCAAGGCCAAAGUAGUCAGUGCCAAUAGUGCAAGCGGGAAGGGUGGCCCUACGCCCACCAUCGAAGCUGUCGUCCGCACCAUCACCAAGAUGACGAGCAUGGUUGAGAAGCGCAGCGGAGAUAUCGAUGUGCUCGAGAGCCAGAUGCGCAAGAUGCGCUUGGGUUCAGCCGGACCCGCCAGCCGCGAGGGUUCGCCUUUCGCUCUUUCAACACCGAAGAAAUCGAACCUCUCUUCGUCCCUGAUGUUCUCGCCAGAGCGCUCAUUCCGCGAAAGCACCCCAGUUCGUGGCGGCAGCAUCGUGCGGCAUUCCCUGUCCGGAUCCAUCAGCGGUGCAGCCGGCUUCAAGACGCCACCGCGGAAGAAGCUUAGUGGAUUCGGGGACUCAGAAAAGAAGGCGCUCGCGGAGAAACGUGAGCGCCGUAGCGCAGUGCUUGGGAAGCUUCGCGUCAGCAUUGAGAAGAGGGGCAGCCAGGUUAUCCCGAUGGACCACAUGGCUUAACUAUGAGCGAGUGUAGCACUUUGGAGGUUUUUGUACCAUAAUGAGCAAUCGAUAGCACGAAAGGAUGAUAGUGUACAUGUUGUGAUUAGGCCCAGUAAUGUAUCACUGGCCUUCAAGGUCUAAGGAAAGAACAAAAGGGAUGAUAGAAGAAAGAAACUAAGCAACAGACAGACACGCAGUAGCCACCUUUGCAGGCUUUAUUCCAUGCUUCACACAGCAUGUUGGAACACGAGCGAUCGGUCUUGGUGUUGUUAGAUAGCAUAACGUGUUGCGACAUUACCUCUCUCCGAUGCUGAUGUCCUCCUGCCUACUUCGUGUUGACCUCAGGUCGGACGCAAGUGACAGACAGGUUCGGCUCGAUCAUAGUCCGAACUUGGGGCCCGACGAGAUUACCGUGGUACUUUGUCAGUGGCAUUGUACACCUGAUAUUCCGCAGAGACUCACACAAAGAGUCUUGGCAAACGGUGUGGUCGGUUCACGG